AUGGGAAGAAUGAAAGGGUUUUCAUCUUCUAUUUUGCCUCUGCUUGUGCCAUUAAUCCUUAUCAUUUUCUGCGAAGAAUCUUCCGCCCAAUAUUCGACUUUGAAUUACACAAAAUAUAGAAAAGUUAGUAGCUUGAGACUUGCUAGGAUUCAGAAGCAUUUGGAAAAGAUUAACAAGCCUCCUGUCUUAACCAUUCAAAGCCCGGAUGGAGAUUUCAUUGAUUGUGUUCAUAAAAGAGAACAACCAGCUUUGGAUCAUCCUCUUCUCAAGAAUCACAAGAUCCAGAGAGUUCCACCAGAAAUGCCGAAGAUGAUAAAAACAGAGGCAGUGAGGGAGAGAAAUAGCAGUGAAAGUGAGAGAUUGAGAGGUGGAAUUGCUUGGCAAAUGUGGCAUCAAAAAGGGCAGAAAUGUCCAAAAGGUACUGUCCCCAUUAGGCGAAGCACUGUGCAUGAUGUUCUUAGGGCUAAAUCAUUGUAUGAUUUUGGCAAAAAACAAAGCAAAAUACCACUAUCUAGAAGGGUUGAUGCACCUGAUGUUCAGACUGGCAAUGGCCAUGAGCAUGCGAUAGCAUACACGACGUCGUCACAAGAGGUAUACGGGGCAAAAGCGACGAUUAAUGUAUGGAAUCCAUCAAUCGAAGUAGUGAAUGAGUUCAGCCUCUCUCAAAUAUGGGUUUUAUCUGGAUCGUUUGAUGGGUCAGAUCUCAACAGCAUUGAAGCUGGUUGGCAGGUUAGUCCGGAGCUCUAUGGUGACAGUAGACCAAGAUUAUUUACCUACUGGACGAGUGAUGCAUAUCAAGCAACCGGAUGCUACAACCUUCUAUGUUCGGGAUUUGUGCAAACGAACAGUCGCAUCGCCAUCGGAGCUGCCAUUAACCCGGUGUCAUUGCUAAAUGGAAAUCAAUACGACAUCACCAUCCUCAUAUGGAAGGAUCCAAAGUUGGGAAAUUGGUGGAUGGGCCUCGGCGACAAUACUUUAGUGGGCUAUUGGCCCACUGGGCUCUUCACGCACUUAGCUGACCAGGCCACCAUGGUCGAGUGGGGCGGGGAGAUAGUUAAUUCUCGGCCCAAAAACGAACAUACGUCAACCCAAAUGGGCUCGGGCCAUUUUGCUGAGGAUGGGUUUGGUAAAGCUAGCUAUAUUCGGAACCUCGAGAUAGUGGACUCGGACAACAGCCUAAGUUCGGCCCAAGAUAUAUCAACCUUGGCUGAAAAUACUAAUUGCUACAAUAUCAAGAGCUCCUAUAACAGUGAAUGGGGCACACAUUUUUACUAUGGUGGGCCUGGGAAAAGCCCAAAAUGUCCAUGA